AUGGCUGCAAAUGGAGUUGAAGAUGACACCCAAAUUACCUGCAGAUUCAUCACUAAGCUGCCCCAAGAAUUUCGUGUUCCUGGAAUGUCCGUGGCUGUGCCAUCGAGCAUAACUCGUCUUGGGCUUUCAAAGAUGGUCAACCAUCUCCUUGAUAUGGAUCCUGUGAAGCCGUUUGAUUUCCUGAUCAAUGGGGAGCUCGUGCGGCAGUCUCUGAAGAAAUUUUUGCUAGCCAAGACUAUCUCCGCGGAAACUGUGUUGGAUAUAGAGUAUGUCUUCGCUGUGGAGCCACCAACACCAAAGCAGCAACACCCACAUGACGACUGGUGCGCUGUUCACGUGAACGUAAUUCGACAUGCACUCUGCUGUAUGCCACUAGGCCGCAUCGGGGUAGCUACCCGAGGAGACAACAUACUCAGCGGCUGCUAUGAUGGAGUUCUGCGCUCUUGGAAAGAUGCUGAGGAAACCAGCAGCACAAGGCUGCAUAGCGGCCCCAUCAAGGCUGUUGCGGUGCUACCAGAGCAGCAGGGCCCUCUUGUGCUGACAGCAGGCCAGGAUCACACGGUGCAGCUAGUACAUGUGUCUGCCUUGGAUGAUACAGCCAGCACCACUGAGGCUGCAACCACCUUGGCUGUGUACAGGGAUCACACAGAUGCUGUGGCUUCAGUGGCCCCCAGCCCGGAGGGCUCGCUCUUCGUCAGCAGCAGCUGGGACUCCUCUUUGCGUGUCUGGUCUACAGCGGCUGCGGAGCCAGAGGCCGCGCGCACGGCCGGAGCGAAACGGCGCAAGGGGGAUGCGGGGGAGGCGGCGCCGUCCGCGGCCCUGGAGCAGCGGUGCCGGCAGGAGCUGAGCGGCCACUCGCAGUGCGCGUCAUCCGUGGCCUGGCCGUCCACAGACACCAUCGUCAGUGGCAGCUGGGACCACUCGGUGAGGCGGUGGGAUGCUGAGACGGCGGUGAAUGUGGACACGUUCAACGGCAGCAAGGCGGUGUACUGCGUGGCAGCAGCUCUGCAGGGCUCUGAACUUGUCGCGUUUGGCGGGGCAGAACGUGCCCUGCAUGUCUGGGAUCCACGGAUGCCUAUUGGCCAGGAAACGCUGUAUUCUUCGCAUACAGACUGGAUCUCUGCUGUGGCGUGGCACCCAACCUCCGAGCACCAUGUUGCGACAGCAUCCUAUGACAAGUCGGUGAAGCUGUGGGACCUGCGCACGGCUGUGCCCCUGCACACUCUACAGGGCCACACAGAUAAGGUCCUGUGUGUGUCAUGGGCGGGCGGCAAGCUCGUGUCUGGCGGCGCUGAUUGCACAGUUCGAUCUUACAAUGUGGUCGUAUAG